AUGGAUGAAGAGCUGCACAAGCCUCGAAAGUUUGCCGGGCCAAGACUAGACAUAGAAGCAAUAAAGAACCAGAUGGCUGUGCUUAAUAAUGCGCCAUCACCAGGACCAGGAGGGUUGACGAAACCAUCAAAAGCACAAGGCCAUUGUCUUUGCUCGCCGACGACACAUGCUGGGUCUUUCCGGUGCCGGCAUCACAGAAAUGCUGGACUUGCUCAGAGUAUAAUGAGCUACGGUGGCUAA